AUGGUGAACGCAGUGGUAGCGGUGGUGGUACUAAAAAUAGUGGUGGUUAUGAUAGUCAUAGUGGCUGUGAUAGUGGUAAUGGUGUUGGUAAUGGUAGUGGUAGUCGGUUGUGAAAGUGGUAGUGGUGACGGUAAUGCUGGUGGUAGUGUAGUAGUGGUGGUGGUAAUGGUGGUGGUAAUGGUAGUGGUAGUGGCAGUGGAAGUGGUAAUAAUCGUGGUAAUGAUAGCGGAGCUCCACCCGCGCGCGAAGCGCGCGCGUGUGGACGGAGCUCCAUAGCUAAGGAAAUGUGGUAAUCUACCCAUCCGAGAAAAUUUGGUAAUCACGUGACCGUACGCCCGACCGUCCGUCCGCACCACAGGGAAACCAAUGUUUUCUCUCACACUUUCUAGCUAGUUUGGGAGCCCAAGAGAAAACUAAUUGCACAUCAAUGUUGUGAUCAAUUGACAGCUGUCAAAACAGGAUAUCCGCUGACCAGUGUCACCUGACCGUACCGCGGGCUCAAGUGUCGACCCAUCGAGGUCGAGUACUUUUUUGAAGUUAUCCGCUGACAAAUUACCAGUUUCAAAUGAUCGCAGGCUCAAGUCUAUUUUUUCCAAUGAUUCAUAUGAAAUAUGUUGUGUUUAUGUCACUAUGGCCCCGCACUGUCAAGAUUUUGAUUUCAAACUGACCUCGGACGCGAAAAAUUCAGCCACUUUUUUAAAAAAUAAAGGCGGGGAAGACCUUUUCUUACCAUGGUCACGCGUUGGUCACGCUGUACGUCCAAUUUUUGUACUCUGAUUGGUCAAAAUUUGACAGGUGAGUUCAUGCGGAAAAUUUAUGCAGCAUCUUGAAAGUUGUUUACUUUGACAGAGUUUUGUGUCAACUUGUGACGUUUUUAACUGUCUUUUUCCACUGGAUGUACAAAAUGAAAUACAGCUGCUAUCAAAAGUCUUCUGUUAUCCAUGGCUGGUUUGUUUAUUGGGUUUUUGGUUGAGAAAUGCGUCGCUUGCUAAAAUUGGGUAAUCCGAUUUCGGAUGGCAUCGUUUUCGUCUUUCACCUUGCUCAAUGCGUAAGAGGGUUUAAAAGUCUCAAGCAACUAUGGCCUUCCUUGAUAUCUUUCAGGAACUGAAUCUCGAAUGGUAAGCCUGAGUAAUUAUUGUAUUUGAUGUUUGUUUUUGUUAUAUCUAAUUUCAUGAAGUCGAGCACAGUUUAUGCGGCAAGUUUUUGCACGUUUGUUAAGAUUUGAGUCAAUGAUCUGAUCUAGUAUCAGGUUUGAUAUAAGCUUACAGGACUUUAAAAGGCCUUCAGAUUUUUUUUUUCACGGCAAAUAGAAAACAAACGUUCCGAAGAAUAUUUAGUUAUAAAUUUGGCUGUAGAAAGAAAACUUUGAGUGAUUUUCUUGCUUCGAGGAGUUCAUCUGUGAAAAAAAAAACAAACACCGGGAGGCCGACUGAAAGUAAAACAAAAUAAACUUAAGCUUUAGCUUUAUUAAAGCUUAAAGACUCAGGAUUUUUAGAGACACUUUAAUACUUGUCUUCGUGAAUGAAAAUUGUUGUCUCUGUAAAUGUUUUACCGAAUUAUAUUUCUUUUAUUGAUUGUUAGUAGUCUCCCUUGCAAUUUUAAUCGCUUGUCCGUGGUGUUUGUUUUCAUCGUUCAUGAACAUCGCUUGCAGGAGUACAUAGAAAUGUCCCACGUAUCAAACGCUUUAUAAGAUUACACAUCGUUAUAGCUGGAACCAUUAAAUAACAAAAAGUAAUGAUAACAAAUUCGUUAUUAUGUUGAGACGUAUCUCCAUUAAAGUUCAUUCAAACACUCGACCACACUGACAGCUCGCACUAAAAAUGAGAACCGGCUGGACGUAUGGGUGAUCUUGGCAAUUUUUUGAACGGUUUCGCUAAAAGCCCACGAUUGAUCGUCCUGAACAUUGAAAAAUUGUGAAAUGCCGUAUUCUGUCCGAGGUCUGUAUGAUAAAAAGUACUGUUUCACCUCAGAUGUGAUGUAUAAAAAGUAUAAAAGGUUGGUUUACACACCCUCAGAUUUGUUGGCAAGGAUUUGUAAAAAGUAAACCUGUCGAACGCAAAAAAAAAAAAUGCGGCCUGAUUUGUUUUCCAAGAAUUUGUUUUCGAGGCCUAAUCUACCGUGAUCAAGAGCCAUUAUGGCUCUUGAAUGUGAUAGAAGAUGUUUGCCAUUUUUUGGGUGUACAUAUAUUUAGGCUAUCAACUCGAUGUAAGAUGUUUCACUCUAAAAUAACUUAUCCUUUCCCUCAAAAGUCACAUGAAUGAGCCCUUAAGUUAACUGAUUUGUGGAUUACAAGUUCAUUGUUUGAUUUAAAAUAUAAAUUUAUUAAUGGGAGCUUCGCUUUUAGCCCUGGCUAAAUCUAUAUAUUAGCGUUAGUGGUAGUGGCCGGAGCCCCAUUGCUAAGUAAAUCUACCCAUCCCAGAAAAUUUGGUAAUCACAUGACCGUACAGCGACCGACCGCCCGCCGUCCGUCCGCACCACAGGAAAACCAAUGUUUAUUCUCACACUUUUAGCUAGUUUGGGAGCCCAAGAGAAAACUAAUUGCACAGGCUGCACAUCAAUGUUGUGAUCAAUUGACAGCUAUCAAAACAGGGCAUCCGCUGACCAGUAUCACCUGACCGUACCGCGGGCUCAAGUGUCGACCCAUCGAGGUCGAGUAUUUUUUUAAAGUUAUCCGCUGACAAAAUACCAGUUUCAAAUACUCGCAGGCUCAAGUUUAUUUUUUCCAAGGAUUCAUAUCAAAUAUGUUGUGUUUAUGUCACUAUGGCCCCGCACUAUUGGGAUUUUGAUUUCAAACUGACCUCGGAAGCGAAAAUUCAUCAAGUUUUUUUAAAAGUACAGGCGGGGAAGACCUUAUCUUACCAUGGUCACGCGUUGGUCACGCUCUACGUCCAAUUUUUAUACUCUGAUUGGUCAAAAUUUGACAGGUGAGUUUAUGCGGAAAAAUUAUUCAGCAUCUUGAAAGUAGUUUACUUUGACAGCUGAAGCUGACAGAGUUUUGUGUCAACUUGUGACGUUUUUAACUGUCUUUUUCCUCUGGAGGUACAAAAUGAAAUACAGCUGCUAUCAAGAGUCUUCUGUUAUUCAUGGCUGGUUUGUUUACUGGGUUUUGGUUGAGAAAUGCGUCGCUUGUCAAAAUUCGGUAAUUCGAUUUCGGAGGGCAUCGUUUUCGUUUUUCACCUUGCUUUUAUGCGUAAGAGGGUUUAAAAGUCUCAAGCAACUGUGGCCUCCCUUGCUAGCUUCCAGGAAGUGAAUCUCGAAUGGUAAGCCUAAGUAAUUAUUGUAUUUGAUGUUUGUGUUUCAUGAAGUCUUGCACAGUUCACGCUGACAGUUUAUGCGGCAAGUUUAUGCACGUUUGCAGGAUUUGAGUCAAUGAUCUGACCUAGUAUCAGGUUUGAUAUAAGCUUACAGAACUUUAAAAAGCCUUGAGAUAUAUUUGCUCACCACAAAUAGAAAGAAAACGUUCCGAAGAAUAUUUAGUUAUAAAUUUGGCUGUAGAAAGAAAACUUUGAGCGAUUUUCUUGCUUCGAGUUCAAAAACACUAAACACCGCGCCGGGAAACCGGCUAAAACAUAAACUUAAGCUAUACGCUUAAAAACUCAGGAUUUUUAGAGACACUUUAAUACUUGUCUUCGUGAAUGAAAAUUGUUGUCUCUGUAAAUGUUUCACGGAAUUAUAUCUCUUUUUUUUAUUGUUAGUAAUCUCUCUUGCAAUUUUAAUCGCUUGUCCGUGCCGUUUGUUUUCAUCGUUCAUGACCAUCGCUUGCAGAAGUACUCAAAAAUGUCGCGCGUAUCAAACGCUUUAUAAGAUUACACAUCGUUAUAACUGAAACCAUUAAAUAACAAAACAAAUAAUAAUAAAUUCGCUAUUAUGUUGAAGCGUAACUCUGUUAAAGUUCAUUCAAACACUCGACCACACUGACAGCUCGCACUAUAGAAACGAGAACCAGCUGGCCGUAUGGGUGAUUUUGGAAAUUUUCUGAAAUUUUUGAACGGUUUGGCUCGUCCUGAAUAUUGACUGAGUGCAAUUUGUCUUGAAAAAUUGUGAAAUACCGCAUUCUGUCCGAGCUCUGUAUGAUAAAUAGUACUGUUUCACCUCAAAUGUGGUGUAUAAAAAUUAUAAAAGGUUGGUUUAAACACCCCCAGAUUUGUUGGCAAGAAUUUGUAAAGUAAACCUGUCGAACGCAAAAAAAUUUGGCGUGAUUUGUUUUCCAAGAAUUUGUUUUCGAGGCCUAAUCUACUGUGAUCUUGAAUGUGAUCGAAGAUGUUUGCUAUUUUUUGGGUGUACAUAUAAGGUUAUCAAUUCGAUGUAAGAUGUUUCACUCUAAAAUAACUUAGCCUUUCCCGCAAAAGUCACAUGAAUGUGCCCUUAAGUUAAAUGAUUUGUGGAUUAAAAGUUUAUUGUUUGAUUUAAAUUAUAAAUUUAUUAAAAUUGGAGCUUCGCUUUUAGCCCUGGCUAAAUCUAUAUAUUAGUGAUAAUCUCGUGGUGGCAAUGUUAGUGCUAGUGGUAUUGGUGGUGGUAGCGAUAAUGGUGGUGGUAAUGGUAAUGGUAGUGAUAUAGUGCUAGUGGCAGUGGUAGUGGUAGUGAUAAUGGUGGUGGUAUUGGUAGUGGUAAGUGAUACUGGUAGCGGUAGUGAUAGUGAUAAUGGUGGUGGUAGCGGUAGUGGCAGUGUUAGUGGUAGUGGCAGUGAUAGUGAAAAUGGUGGUGGUAAUGGUACUGGCAGUGAAAGUGAUAAUGGUGGUGAUGAUGGUAGUGGUAGUGAUAAUGGUGGUGGUAAUGUUAAUGGCAGUGGUAGCAAAACUUAG